AUGGGAGUUUGUUUAAGCGCUCAAAUCAAAGCUGAAACUCCUUAUAACACUGGGUUAAAUUCAAAGAAUUCUGCUUCAGCUGGAAAUGAUCUGAGCAGCUCAAACAGUAAGGUUUCAGCUGCAUCAGUGCCUCAGACUCCUCGGAGCGAAGCUAAACCUGGUACUGGAAUUGUUAUUGCUGUUAAAAGACUUAAUCUUGAAGGCUUCCAAGGUCACAGAGAGUGGUUGGCCGAAGUCAAUUAUCUUGGACAGUUUUCUCAUCCUCAUCUGGUGAGAUUGAUUGGUUAUUGCCUUGAAGAUGAACACCGCCUUCUUGCCUAUGAGUUUAUGCCCCGUGGAAGCUUGGAGAAUCACUUGUUCAGGAGAGGAUCAUAUUUUCAACCUCUUUCUUGGAGCUUGCGUCUGAAGGUUGCUAUUGGCGCUGCCAAAGGGCUUGCGUUUCUGCACAGUGCUGAAAAUAAAGUGAUAUAUAGAGAUUUCAAGACUUCAAAUGUCUUGUUGGAUUCGGAUUAUAAUGCAAAGCUUUCUGAUUUCGGGUUGGCAAAGGACGGUCCAACCGGUGAAAAAACUCAUGUCUCCACCAGAGUGAUGGGAACGUAUGGAUAUGCAGCCCCUGAAUAUCUAGCCACAGGUCAUCUUACUACUAAGAGUGAUGUCUAUAGUUUCGGAGUUGUCCUGCUUGAAAUGUUAUCCGUCGGCUCGAAGGGCAGUAUUCAGCUGACGAGUCCUUCAAGGUUGCCACCCUUGCUGUACGAUGCCUAUCAACCGAAUCCAGGAAAUCAAAAGCGUUAUCGGAGAAAAAGUGCUGAUGAUGUUAGCCAUGCAAAGAAUAACACAUCGAAGAGUCACAAUGCUUAUCCGCGUAUCACGUUGUCUCCUCUCUAUACAUGA